GAGCAGACCAGAGCAUCUCCUGCCGCCAUUACUCCCCGGCCCGUGCCACUUCUCCGGCAAUAAAUGCGGCCGCUGGCGCCGCCCACCCACCACCAGCAGAUCUAGCCCCGCUGCGCGGCGACGGGAAGAAAAUUCACCACGCACGCCACCAUCCCCAUUUACUCCCCCACGAGCCUGCCUCCACUCUACUCGCUCGCUCGAUCGACCCUCACACCCAACACGCGCACACCGCCGCCGAUGCCAUUCCAGCACAACUUCCCCACUGGAAACCCGCCGCCGCAGCCGCCAUGUCUUCCUCGCCCUUCAUCUCCUCGCUCGCCACGCUCGGCCUCGGCUACUCCAUCGCCAUCGCGCUCGGCUUCCUCGUCCUCCUCGCCUCCGUCCUGCUCGCGUCCUACUUCUGCUUCCGCCACGGCGACGCCGGCCACUUCAACGGCGCCAUCACGCCGACGUCCAGCUCCAGCCACCUCUCCAUCACCGUCCCGCGCGUGCUCUUCGUCGCCGAGGGGUCCGAGUCACCCGAGGCCUACUCCUCGGCGGCCGCGGCCGCCUCGUCUCCCGUCGGCCUCGACGCCGCCGCCAUCGCGUCGUACCCCAAGGCCCCCUUCUCCAGGGCCGCGGCCGGCGGCGACGCCAUGUGCUCCAUCUGCCUCUGCGAGUACGUGAACGGCGAGAUGCUGCGUUUGAUGCCCGAGUGCAGGCACCGGUUCCACGUCAUGUGCCUCGACGCCUGGCUGCGCAGGAGCGCCUCCUGUCCCGUGUGCAGAUCGUCGCCCAUCCCCACGCCCGUCGCCACGCCGCUCGCCACGCCGCUCUCCGAGCUCGUCCCGCUCUCGCAGUACGCCGCUGACCGGAGGCGUAGGUGACGGAUACGUUGGUGCAUGCUCUUCAAUGUUACUCCUUUUAGGCUUAGCUUCUUUUUGCGUUCAUGGUUGGUGUAAAUUUGUGGAUUGUUUGAUUGGUGAAGGACACAUGAGAGCUUUUAGGUGCAAAAUUCGACUGGUGGUGUGCUUAGGAUAUGUAAAGAGCUUCCUUGUUUCCUAUUGCUAUUACUUCGAUAUAUAAUUUUUUGUUGGAGUAAGGCAUUGGGCAUACUUGUAAAUACAAUGUUGCUAGGGUUUCCGUC